AUGAAAAAAUUAGGUGCAAUUGAUGCAUUUUAUCUUAACAUGUUAGCAUUAUCUAAUUUGGAAUAUGGUGGUACAACAAUUGAAGAGUUAGAAGCUCUUUCAAAAACAAGAUUUCCUGAGGAAACAACUGAUGAUCAUAAAGACGACAAUGAUCAAGCAUUUUCAAAUUCUAAUAUAAAUACAAAAGACAACACAGAUGAAGUAGUCGUAAAAAAUCCAUUUAUUUCAAAAAUGAACAAAAUAUUUAAAGUUAAAAGAGCUGUAAUAGAAAAUAAAAUAAAGCACCAAUUGACAGAAGAACAAGACGGAGAGGAAAAAUUAAAAAAUGACAAUAAUAUAUCAAAAGAAAAUUUAAAAGCAACAGAUAUUGACGAUCCAUUUGCAGAAAUUGUAACUCGUGCUCCAAAACGCCCAUGGUACCACUAUAAAAGUAGAUCUUUAAAUAGAGAUGGUAUAAUGACAAGAAAUCGAUAUCAAAAAUUAAAAUCUCAUUAUAAAAAAACAACUACAACAGAAAAGCCAAUAAUUUCUAGUAAAAUUGCUCAAGAAAUUGAAGAAUAUCAUAGGCCUUUCAUAAUAGCCUUACCAAUUCCGCCUACAUUUAACUAA